AUUAAUCAAUCAGCGUUGACGUUUCUAGGGGGUUUACCCACACUUCCGUGCAGAGAACGCCAAAAACUCGCCGUAACAGACUGUUUCAUUGGCUAAUUGUUCAUAUCAACUAGAACGCCUGUUAUUUAAUAACUCUUCCAGAUCCCAGUGUUGUGAAGACAAGUAAAACCUAAUUUUGAACUAUGAAAAACGAAAUGAAAUAGUAUCUGUGUUUUAAUCAGAUUGAAUACAAUUAGCAAAAAACUGAAAGUUAGUGUUGAUAAGUUGCAGUGACAAUUAUUAAUUGGGAUUUCUCUUCUACAUCUCCAUCAAAUAUAGAUUAUAUUUAACCUCUGAAACAAUGACGAAUCUUCAUGUCCAGACAUGAGUUACUCGGGAUGGAGAGGUUCCAAGUCAUAUUUUAAACUCAACCAAUGUAAAAAAAAUGGCGACCAUCUGAUCGAGCAGUCAAGAGAUCGUUGUAGUAUUUUAAUAUAUCGUACCGGUUCAGUAUUUGUCGUCGAGUAGUGAUGUAAAGGUUGAAACAGAUGUUUACAAGCUGACAACUCAUGAAAUUUACAACUCGAUUUAUUUAUUACUGUUAAAGAGAGAAGAUUACAAGAGAAACUGAAAAUGUCUAAGCAUUCUGUCUCCAAUAAAAACUAUAAAUGUGAUAUUUGUGGUAAAUCAUUUAAAGACUCUACUGCUUUAAAUAAUCAUAUUAUGAUUCAUACUGGGGAGAGGCCAUAUAAAUGUGAUGUUUGUAAAAAAUCAUUUAUCACUAGUAGUAAUCUACAGCAACACAUCAAAACCCAUUCUGGUAAAAAACCCUUUUCUUGUGAUGAUUGUAGAAAAUCAUUUACCACUAGUAGUGGUCUACGUAAACACACCAGAACCCAUACUGGCGAAAAACCCUUUUCUUGUGAUGUUUGUAAAAAAUCUUUUACCACCAGUAGUACUCUACAGGAACACACCAGAAUUCAUACUGGCGAAAAACCCUUUAUUUGUGAUGUUUGUGGCAAAUCGUUUACACAACGUUGUAGUCUACAUUCACACGCCAAAAUUCAUACUGGAAAAAAUCUCUUUUCUUGUGAUGUGUGCAGCAAAUCCUUUACACAAAUUUGUAAUCUACAUGUACACAUACGAAUUCAUACUGGUGAAAAACCCUUUUCUUGUGACCUUUGUAAAAAAUCUUUUACCACCGUAGGUGAACUACAUGCACACACCAGAACCCAUUCUGGAGAAAAACCCUUUUCUUGUGAUGUGUGCAGCAAAUCCUUUACACAAAAUGGUAGUUUACAGAAACACACAAGAAUUCAUACUGGUGAAAAACCCUUUUCGUGUGAUGUUUGUAAAAAAACUUUUACCACUAGGAGUCAUCUAAAACAACACACCAGAAUUCAUACUGGUGAAAAACCCUUUUCUUGUGAUGUUUGUAGAAAAUCUUUUACCACCAGUGGUAAUCUCCAGGCACACACAAGAAUUCAUACUGGUGAAAAAUCCUUUUCUUGUGAUGUUUGUAAAAAAUCUUUUACCCAUGGAAGUAACCUACACGCACACACCAGAACUCAUUAUAAAAAAUAACAUACUUAUUAAAACCUGGAGCCAAGGUGCAUUGGCCGAGAAAGUUCAUAAGGAUUUUUCAGCGUAGUUCCCCCUUGUCUGUGGUGCAAGACAGAGGGCCUGGCAAGGGACAACGUAUAGUCUUCCGGAUGGGACAAAAAAAAACAAGGUCCUGUGUACACUUGGCGUGUAGGUGAAGGAUCUGUUGGCAAUUUGAUUUCGAUAUAAGAGUAUGCCAGAGCACUACAGUCCAGUCAAAAAUUCCCCUCAUAGCACACUGUGGCAUAUUCCCAUCUUCAUUAGCCUUGUCAGAACAAAACAGAAGGAUGUCAAACCCGAUUUCAUUUCAUGUAAAAACUAUUCCUGUAAUGAUUGUAGUAAAUCAUCUACAUCAAUUCAAGACAAUCAUACUCGUGAGCUGUGGACGGGGUAAAGGGGAUAGUUUUUAAUGGAUUCUUUUCAAAUUUGGUGGUAAACAUUGUGGUCAUGCAGCGGAAGUUGGGGGCAAAAUCUAUCGAUGUUUACCGUUUUCCAUAUUGUGUUCCAGAGUUAUGUCACUUUUGCCAAAAACUUUGUUUAUAUGAUAGAGACUUUUAACUGAUUUUAAGCAUUGGGACCAUGGUAGAUUGAACCCUAUCAAUAUUCAACACUUUGCUCCUUUCAGUUCCAGAGUUAACCCCCUUUUGCCAAAAUGAUGUUUGUAGCAAACCAACAUGAACAAACCAGAAGUGGAGGAAAAACGCUUUUUUGUGAUAUUUGUAUAAAAUCAUUUUGACAAAGUACCGCCAACGUGCUACAACAGAAGCGAUAUUGGAGAAAUAAACUUUUUUUGUGACAUUUGUAGUAAUUCAAAAAAAUGAAAUGAAAUGGGGUUUAACGUCCUACUGUUCUGCUCCUAUGCUGGGCUAAUGAAGAUGGCCAUACGCCAUACAGUGUGCUAUGAGGGAAAUUUUGCCCGGACAGUGGCACUACAGCCUACUGUUAUAUCGAAUUUCAACUGUCAAGGGAUCUUUUACGUGCAUUCCAAUGUAUACACGGGACCUCGGUUUUUCGUUUCAUCCGUGUAGUAAAUCAAGUUGAGAUGUUUAAAAAUGUACGGAAGUCCAUCAGAGACAAUGUUAAUACAUUAAUUAAGACAUUAAUAAGAUUAUAUUUAUUUACUUACACCCCAGAGUAUAAAUCUAUGUCCAAAUAUGGU